AAGCUGAGCGCGAACGUCAGGAGCCCCCGCUCGCUCGGGCAGAGGCUGGCGGAGGCCCUGGGGAGCACGGGGCGUUGGAAUAAUUACCGGAGCCCGCGUGUGUCUGCGCCAUCCUGUGGGUGUGGCGCCGAGCGGAGCGUAAACUCCGCUGGUGGGGCCGGCGCUCACACCGGCUCCGCGGCCGCCGCCUGCCCGCCCGCCUGCCAGCCGUGCGGACCCGCAGCGCGCAGCCACCUGCACGAUGGCCUCGUCUCAGGGGACAAAUGAGCUCAAAUUGGCCGACUGGAUGGCAACUCUCCCGGAGAGCAUCCACAGCAUCCCCCUCACCAAUCUGGCCAUCCCAGGAUCUCACGAUUCUUUCAGCUUCUACAUUGACGAAGCCUCUCCAGUAGGGCCUGAACAGCCAGAAACUGUCCAGAAUUUUGUCUCUGUUUUUGGAACUGUGGCCAAAAAGCUGAUGCGGAAAUGGUUAGCCACUCAAACGAUGAACUUUACUGGUCAGCUAGGAGCUGGGAUCCGUUAUUUUGAUCUUCGAAUUUCCACCAAGCCCAGAGACCCCGACAAUGAACUCUACUUUGCUCAUGGUUUGUUCAGUGCCAAAGUCAAUGAGGGCCUUGAGGAGAUCAAUGCAUUCCUCACAGAUCACCGUAAAGAGGUGGUAUUCUUGGACUUCAAUCAUUUUUAUGGAAUGCAGAAAUAUCACCAUGAAAAGUUGGUCCAAAUGCUGAAAGACACCUAUGGAAAUAAAAUGUGCCCAGCGAUUUUUGCGCAGGAAGUGACUCUGAAGUACCUGUGGGAGAAGGACUACCAGGUGCUGGUCUUCUACCACAGUCCCGUGGCUCUGGAGGUGGCCUUCCUCUGGCCAGGGCAGAUGAUGCCAGCACCCUGGGCCAACACCACAGACCCGGAGAAACUGAUUCAGUUCCUUCAGGCGUCCAUCACCGAGAGAAGAAAGAAGGGCUCGUUUUUUAUAUCUCAGGUGGUGCUGACGCCCAAAGCUAGCACUGUGGUCAAAGGGGUGGCCAGUGGCCUCAGAGAAACAAUCACAGAAAGGGCUCUUCCCGCCAUGAUGCAGUGGGUCAGCACGCAGAAACCAGGAGAGAGCGGCAUCAAUAUUGUCACUGCCGAUUUUGUAGAACUUGGUGAUUUCAUCAGCACUGUCAUAAAGCUCAACUAUGUCUUUGAUGAAGGAGAAGCCAACACUUGAUAGUACCAUUUUGAGCAUUCAUGAAUAAGAUAGAGAAGACUCAUUGUAUUAGGCAUAUUAUCUAGAAACACUCUGAUCUUCCUAUUCCACUGAGUCUCUGAGGGAACUAGGGCUGGCAGUGGGUGGGAAAAGGGGAAAUCCAAUUCUUGAGUGGUUAUUAUCAUAGUCUCUGCAUUAGUAUAAAUAUUUCAUUUCCCGUUUGGUGAGCGAAAUCUACUUCUAGUGUUAGAGAUUU